CAUAACCGGAGAUUAAUUAUUCAAGGGCUAUCAGCUGGAGGGGGAGCCACCUGAAAGCACGGACAUACAGUAUUACGACCGGAUAUCAGGUGAAAUCGCCAAACUCUGCUUGGUCUUCUUGUCGGCUGGUUCUGUAACUACCUCUUUCUGGUUCAUCUUUGGGUGCUAAUACCAAGACUUUAACGACACAAGUGGAGUACUUUUUUUUGUGUGUGGUACAGUACUUGUUUUGUUUUUCCACAUUUUUCUCAAAUGCUUGUCACCAACAAACAGUUAAGUCUCGGUCGAUCCCACAGUUGGGACACUUUGGGGGGGAAUGAGAGUCAGUGGGACGGGGCUGAGAGUGUCUACGAGCAGCAGGCAAGAGUAGCUGGCCGGCGGAGCUCUUUGUCAUACGGAGAGGGGGGAGGAGGGUGGUAUGAACCCUCUGCAGGGGUGCGUCCUCCUGACCUGGAUUUGAAGCGGGAUACGUAUUCCUACCAAGACUACGGACAGAUUUACCCAGGGGGUCUGAGGAAGGGCUCUGUGCCAGACCUGAACCACUACGAACGAGCAGCCAUGGCUCACAGAGGAUCCAUCCCACAUCAAGAUUACUACCCUCCCGAUCCGGGCAUGACUCCUCGUGCACCUGAAGCCUUUUACCGGGCCGAGCACCAGGCUCCACCACCUCACCCUCAUCCGCUCAGUAGGUCUGGUUCUCAUUUUGGCUUGGCACCCGUGGCUCGUGUUGGGUGGGAUCAAGCUCAGGGCGGGAGAGGAGGACCUCAGGCGCCCCCGUCCAAUUUACCUCCUCUUCCGACGACUCCGACUCACGAUGUGAAUCGGGCUUACAGGGAGCCCGGCGUUCCCAAGAUGAUGUCUGAUAGUCAGCGCAGACCCUCUCGGGAUACAUCUCCUGCUCACUACAGCGUGGAACACGCAUCUCCUCGGUACGCAAAUGAGCCACCACCUCUGGCCGGUCAGUCCGUCUAUACCGAUGUUAAUGGUCGCCCGUUGGAUCCGCAGCAGCAGCAGGCUGCUACUUGCCUAGUGGUGGAUCCUUCCAGUCAAGGUAUGAUGAUGAGGCAGGAGACCGCCUCGCCCUAUACACUCCAGCAGCAACAGCAAAUACAGCAGCAGCAACUGCAGCAGCAGCAUCUUCAACAGCAGCAGUUGCAGCAGCAGCAACUCCAGCAGCAGCAACUGCAACAGCAGCAACUCCAACAGCAACAAUUACAGCAACAGCAGUUUCAGCAGCAGCAGCAGCAACUUCAGCAGGAGCAGCUGCAACAGCAUCUGCAACCGCCUUUGCCGCCUCCCAACACCGUAACCAUCGCCGACCCUAAACUCCCUGUGGCGGCUCCGCUUCCUCCCGCUUCGCCCGCCCCCUUGCAGACCGCCACAGUUCUCCCAGUUGCGCCCGCCCCGAUACAGGCAGCGCCGACUUCGGCCCCUCCGACUGCUCAACCUCCCGUUCCCCUUCCCGCCCCUCCACCUACGGCCCCGCAGACACCUUUACCCGUGGAUCCCAAGAGGGCAGCCGAUCCAGAAUUUCUUGCUUUGUUGCGAAACGAGGGCAUCUCUGAGAGCACAAUUUCCUCGCUCAUUCAGCAGGGAUUUGACUCCACGAGCAUGCUGGCUGUCAUGGAGGAUAACGAUGUACGCACUGUAGCGCCCAAUCUCGGGCAGGCACGGGUACUUUCUCGAGUGGUCCACAACUGCAAGCGACCCACUGAGGCGCCGCCGGUCCCCUCUCAGCCUCAGACACCCAUGCGGGGGCGUUCUAAUAGUUUUAGCCAUCGCUCGGACGUCUAUAACCAGCAGCACCACCACCAACCUCUACAUCCUCCACAGGCUUUGAAUGUCGACCCUCACCUGAUCCCCCCGCCGACACCUGGGGCCAUGCAGACUAUUUCGCCAAGGAUUGGAGAGGUAGUAGGCAGAAGGCCCAGCAGUGCACCCUCUCAGCAGCUCUUAGAAGCCUCUGGAGGUUACCCAGGCCAAGCACCGCGUUCCCCGGGGCCAUAUGUCGGCGCCAUGAUGCCCGUUCAGUCAAGACCCAUGUCUUCAUAUUCAUCUGGGAUGAACAUGCAAGGGUUGCCCGUGCAGGGUAUGCAGAUCAUGUCGCAACAGAUGACCGGAUCAAUGCCUGCUAUAGCUGGUUCCAUCCACCCCAUGCCAGGAAUGCCCCAGCACAUGCCCGUCUCCAUGCCAACUUUACCUCAAGCGCCACACCAGUUACCUAAAGCGUAUUCCACCAAUUACACGGUACCCAUGGAGCUAAUGAAGAGGGACCGGAGCUUAUUGCCGUUGUCGCCCAUGCACAGCCCUCACCCGAAUGCCCAGCUCAUACGGAAGGGGGGAGGACCAGCAGCAGACAAUGCCCUGGUUCCUGUGGGAGGCUCCGUUCAAGGACAAGGCGCCAUGGUUGCUAACCAGAAGCUAAGUCGCCGCACCGGUCCACCAGUCAUCGUGUCCACUAUGGCAUCUCCCGACACAAGUAUCCGGCCGCAGAUCAUGAACGGGCCCAUGCACCCGCGUCCCCUGGUGGCGCUGCUGGAUGGGCGCGACUGCACGGUGGAGAUGCCCAUCCUCAAGGACCUGGCCACCGUGGCCUUCUGUGACGCUCAGUCCACGCAGGAAAUACAUGAAAAGGUGCUGAGCGAGGCGGUGGGGGCCAUGAUGUAUCACACCAUCACGCUGACCCGAGAGGACCUGGAGAAGUUCAAGGCGCUCCGCAUCAUCAUCCGCAUCGGCAGCGGCUACGACAACAUCGACAUCAAGGCGGCCGGAGAGCUCGGUAUCGCCGUGUGCAACAUUCCCUCGGCGGCCGUGGAGGAGACGGCCGACUCGACGCUCUGUCACAUUCUCAACCUGUACAGGAGGAACACUUGGCUCUACCAGGCUCUCCGGGAGGGCACGCGGGUCCAGAGCGUGGAGCAGAUCCGAGAGGUGGCCUCGGGGGCGGCCAGGAUCCGGGGAGAGACGCUCGGCCUUAUCGGAUUCGGUCGUGCGGGCCAAGCGGUGUCGAUGCGGGCCAAGGCGUUCGGCUUCAACGUGAUCUUCUACGACCCGUACCUGCAGGACGGGCUGGAGCGCUCGCUGGGCGUGCAGCGCGUCUACACGCUGCAGGACCUCCUCUACCAGAGCGACUGCGUCUCUCUGCACUGCAACCUCAACGAGCACAACCAUCACCUCAUCAACGACUUCACCAUCAAGCAGAUGCGUCAAGGCGCCUUUCUGGUGAACGCGGCGCGGGGGGGCCUGGUGGACGAGAAGGCCUUGGCGCAGGCCCUCAAAGAAGGCCGAAUACGCGGCGCCGCCUUGGACGUCCACGAGUCGGAACCCUUUAGCUUUUCUCAAGGUCCCCUGAAGGACGCCCCCAACUUGAUCUGCACGCCGCACACCGCCUGGUACAGCGAGCAGGCGUCGCUGGAGAUGCGCGAGGCCGCCGCCACCGAGAUCCGCCGAGCCAUCACAGGUCGCAUCCCCGACAGCCUGCGGAAUUGCGUUAAUAAAGAAUUCUUCAUCACCUCGGCGCCCUGGGGAGUGAUGGAGCAGCCGCAGCCUCACCCAGAGAUCAAUGGCGCCGCCUACAGGUUCCCACCGGGCGUGGUGGGCGGCGGCGUGGCUUCCGGCGGGAUCUCCCGGCCCCUGGAGGGGCUUCUGCCCGGCGGCGUGCCCGUGGCCCACACCCUGCCCCCGGGCACCCACGCAUCCCAGGCCACCUCUCCCAACCAGCCCUCCAAACACGGCGACCCCACCAGAGAGCACAUGAGCGAGCCGUGACCAGGCACUGACGCCCCCCCGCCUGUUGAGCUACGUGUGUCCACCCCCCCGCCCCCCUCCUCCACACACACAUACACACACAAACCCCAGACGGAGGACGCACAGAUGAGACUGUCACAUGAGCCCUCCUGGACUUGCAGGACGGAAUGAUCAUUUACUCCGCUCCUUUCUUUCAUUCCCUCUUUCCAGCUGUUGUUUUUUUUUUCUUUUCUUUUCUUCUUCCUUCUUUUUUUCAAUGUUGUGUUGCAAGUGUUGUCCUGUUUCUUGCAAGUGUUACACGUGUGUUUUUUCAACAGGAAUCGUCCUCAUAAGCCAAAAAAAAAAAAACGACAAAAAAAACAUUUUAAAGCAAAGUCAUCCAUUCAGUAAAUUAUAUUUGCGUCAUCGUGAGCUAGAAACGUAGGACAAAAUAAAAGCGAGAAUUUACUUCAAGCCAUAACUGAAUAGACACAAAUCUGGAUUUUUUUUUUCUUUUCCUCCUUUUUUUUUUAAUGUCAAAUUCAGUUGAUGUGCAGUUGUUAAAUGUUCUUAAAUCAUGUGACUGCUCCUUGUCGAGUUUUUUUUUUUUUACACUUAUUUUAGGGUGGCUUGUUUGUGUUUUUGUUCCUGUACAAGGCAACCAUUCAGUAUAAUAACAUGACAUUAAGUGCAGCUGGAAACCGCAAAUAAAUACAUGCUGUCCUGAUUGAUGAUA